CUGAGGAACCUGAGUGGACUUCUUGCUGCCAAUCCAUUUGGUGGUGGUGGUGGUGGUGGGCGUGUUUUGGGGUGAAUUUGUUACCGCGGUAACAGUGACCCCAUAAAGUGAUUUGUGGGGAACAAGGACCGGCCCGACCGUGAACAGCAAAAAGCCAUGAAUCAUUGACGCUCAUUUUUGAACAAGGAGAUUGAAAAAAAAUUAAAACUGCGGACACUUUUCAGUUUAAAGUGUUUGUCCGCAGAUUGGUCUGGUAGGCCAAAAUUCGACACGUCCGCGGGUCAAAAAGAGGGUGAUGUUCAAACGCCCACAAUUGGGCUAAACACUCAAGUUAGCCACUAGCGCAGAUGGAAGAUUGUUGGUGACAAGGGCAGUAUGAAGCCAGUUCAACACGGCAGUUACCGCAGUUUUAAGCGAAGUUCGUUUAGUGCACGCGGGUGCACUAAAUGCUGUUUGACGGCCGGAAAAUAGGACGGGCCUUCAAGAACGAGGGGGAAUUCGAGCUGUGGUGCCGUGCGAUUACCUGGUGGGCGGCAAUGGCGUUGAUUGAGGGCGUGGGUGAUGAGGUGACGAUCCUGCUGGCCGCGCUGACGACGGUGGCUGUGCUGUUGCUGGCCUGGGCCUCCACCCGGACCUCGGACCCGCCGCAGCCGCGACCGCUUGACGCCACCUCACCUCAGACCGCCUCUCUUCCGGACCCACCCGCCGCCUCCGCCCAACCCCUCGAUGACCACAAGGAUGGAGGGGCGGGGGAGGGGCCAGCGGCCGGGGGUGACGGAGACUCACAGAGGAACAUGGUGCUCAGACUCAAGUUCCUCAACGACACAGAGAGGACGGCACACGUCAAACCUCAGGACACUGUUGGCUACAUCAAGAGGACGUACUUUGCGGGCCAAGAGUGUCGCGUGCGGCUCAUCUACCAGGGUCAGCUGCUGCAGGAUGACGGGGCCACGCUGGAGACGCUUCACCUGGCUCACAACUGCGUUUUGCACUGCCACGUCUCACAGCAUGCCACACCGCCCCCCGGAGGACCAGUGGGGACAGGUGCCGAGCGGGUCCGGGUGGCGCUGAACGCCGGCGGCCUGAUGGUGCCGCUGCUGGUGCUCAUGCUGGCCGUGCUGUGGUAUUGCCAGAUCCAGUACCGUCACCUGUUCACGGCGCCGGCGUCCGCUUCGCUCCUGGGCAUCACCGUCUUCCUCAGCCUGCUGGCCUUUGGCGUUUACCGCCACUAGACACUUGUACUCCUUCGGGACCGCGUCCUCAUCUUCUUUGUGCCUAUUUCGCUUUGGGUUCCGCCACGAGAUGGCCACCGGUCUGGAUGUUGAUGAAAGAAAUUCUAUUAAAUCAUUUAUUUAAACUCUA